AUGAAUAAUAUUUUAACUUCGAUAUAUCUCUUAAUCUUUUUGAAAUUCUGUGCGUGCACAGGAAAUUAUCCAAAUGGAUGUACUUUGGACUCUAGAUGGAAUACCUUAAACUGUUUUACAACAACUCCGUGGGCAAACAAAUUCACAAGUACGAAGAAUGCACCACUCAGUUAUUGGACAGACCCAACAGGAGGAAGAGUUAAAUGUUACGGGCAUACCAUUUACACUCCAACUACAUGCACUGCGUCUAUUACUUACCCAAGCGGAUGUACUAUGGACACUAAAUGUGGUACGACCUUAAAAUGUUACACAACAACUGCGUGUAAAGAAAAGUACACACAUACUAAGUGUGCUUCCUGCAAUUAUUGGACAAACCCAUGUGGAACCAAAAUUAGAAGCUGCUUGCAGACAGUUUGUACUCCAACCACAUGCACUGUUUCUCCUACAUAUCCAAGUGGAUGUACUUUGGACACUAAAUAUAACACCUUAAAAUGUUAUACCACAACUGCGUGUAAAGAAAAGUACACGCAUACUAAAUGUGCUUACUGUAAUUAUUGGACAGGUCCAUGUGGAACCAAAACUAAAAGUUGCUUGCAGACAGUUUGUACACCAUCUAAUACAGUAACGCCAAUUCAUACUACUAGUACGAGCACUACCUUUUGGACUGGUUCCUAUGAUACUACUUUCUCUACGAAAACUACAACUGUGACUGGUACAGACAACUUAAUUACUACAGAGACAAUUUAUAUCGUAGAAACUCCAAUUAGAGCAACAUCAACAACUACAACUGAUUACUGGACAGAACCCUUCUUCAGUACUACUGCCAUAGAAACUACAACUUUCACUGGUACAGAUUACUACGAGACGACCGAAACUAUUUUCCAAGUUUUCGUUCCAAUUCUUGAAACAACGACUACCAUUUAUACUGACUUCCCUGAUGGGGGGAUUUAUAAUAUGGAAAACCCUACUUAUUCAACAGAAAUGAUCAUAACAACCAAUGAAGAUGGUGCCCCACGCGCGGUAUACAUAUAUUAUGUGUAUUCUAAUGGUAAAUUAAAAGCCUUCAAUGGAGAAGACACUCAUAAUUACCGCAACUCAACUGAAAAUAUUGACACAAACACUGGUGACAGUAUCAUUUUUUAA